AUGGUGGCCAUUGUGGAAGACGUCGACGACGACGUGUGUCCCGACGUCGAGGUGACGGGCUCGUCGGCGAGUGCAGGAUCUAAGCGGCCUCUGGCCGCUGCCCCGCGCAACACGGCCAACGUUUGCAUUGACGACGAUAUCGAGGAGGACGUGUGCAUCCAGCCGACCAAAGCCAAAAGAGCUCGGUCUGCGAAAGGCACUGCUGUCACUGUCGUGGAAUCCGAUUCUGACAGCUCCAGCUCAGGCUCUUCUCGCAGCCGUACCCUGAAGCGUCGGGGCGGUGCUGCCGCCGCUGCCGCGCUGCUUUCGCAGUCCACGCCCUUGGAUGUGGACGAGGCUUCCCGGCUUGUUUCGCGCACGCUGACGCUCCCGACGAGCUUUGCCGGGCCCUUGCAGCACGAGGGCGGCCUCGUGGUUGUCAUGGCCGAAACUGGUGCCAAUAUCAGUGUUCAGCAGGGGGCAUCUGCCACAGACACGGCUGUCUCUGUGGAAGGCACCAGCGAAGCUGUUGGCAAAGCUGCCGCGCAGAUCCAGCAGUUGUAUGAUGAGUUCGCCGAGGCCGAGCGGAAGGCGAAGCUACAAGCCGACUGCGAACACAUGGACCAGGUGGAAAUCCCGCAGAAGCUUUUGAGCGCGGCCGUGGGCCCCAACGGCUCCGACUUGCCAAAGGUGCGAGAUCGUUGUGGCGGCGUGAUGAUCGCGCUGAUGCCACCCUCUGCGGGAGGCCACCUGACGGCCUUCAUCGGUCCGGGGACGGCGGAGCAGGUCCAACAGGCAAAGGAAGAACUCCUGGGCCGUGUUCAGCGAGCGGAGGCUGGAGAGGUCCCUGCACAGGAGCCGGCACCCAGGCCGAAGCUCGCAGACGAGUUCGAGGCUCUAAUGGCAGAUGUGGAUGGCAAGUGA